AUGAACCACCUCCACCCCCAAAGCAUCUCCCCCCAAGCCUUCCAGCACCUCCUAUCCCAAUACCCAAAAACAGUGGACCUUCUCUCCCGCCGCAAAGCCGCCGCCAAGAUCAAGCGCAAACCGGUAGGGGCAGCGGCAGCAGCAGCACCAAAAACAAAGCAGAAAUCAUCCUGGACAGCAACAGGCACGAGAUCCAAAGCAGAAGAAGAGUUUAUUACUGCUAAAGUUAAUGAGUUCUUGUCGCUGGACCGGUUUAGGUAUGAGGGAUUACGGGGGGUGGUUGCUACGAGAGCACAGGCGGAGGAGGGAAAGGAUGGGUAUGGAUACUUGGAGAAAGACGAGUUGGUGAGGUUGAUGGAGUGGAAAAUGCAACAUGGCACCUUCCGCCCGGCAUUACUAGGCAUGAUACGCUCGAACUCAGAGAGUGUGGUUAGGGAUGCUACGGGGAGGGCGUUUAAGGCUCUCACCACCCACCGUACGUCUAAGGAAGGUGAUGAGGAGGAGAAGUUUCCAAGCGAAGCGUUGGAUAUCCUGACGAAAGCGUUACGAGGCGUGGGAGUGGCUACAGCUUCGUUGGUGUUGUCGCUUGCUUCUACUGCAGAUGUACCGUUUUAUAGCGAUGAUGUGUACCUGUGGGUUUGUAUGGAGGAGGUUCCAUCUUCUAGUACUUCUGGAUGUGACUCUGGGGAGGGUGAGGCUGAGGCAGAAGCAGCAGAUAGACUCAAAAGAGGGGUGUAUAAACGGUUGAAUGGCGAGUUGAAUGUCAAGUAUACGAUGAAGGAGUAUCGAGAGUUAUGGGAGGGGGUGAAGGGGUUGAGGGAAAGGUUAGAAGGAAAAGAGAAGGGAGUGUCUGGGUUGGAGGUGGAAAAGGUGGCGUUGGUGGUGAGGUAUUAUGCUUUGUUGGAGGGUGGGCAGAGUGAUGAUGGGGAUGGUGGUGAUAAGAAGGGAUCUGAGGGAAUGAAGGUGGAGGAAGAAGAGGAAGGAACUAAAAGGGAAAAGAGAAAAUUGGAGGAUGAACAGCCAACAGGAGAAGGCAGACGGAGAAGCAAGAGAUUGGACAGUCGCAGGAUUAAUCCUGCUUGA